AUGUUCUCUCGAUUGAAUCACCGACGCUCUAGCGUCCUUACCUUUGGCCUUGUUGCCAGUGGUUCUCUUGUUGCUGCAGGGCCCUGCGAUAUCUACGCAUCCGGUGGGACGCCAUGUGUUGCUGCGCAUAGCAGCACUCGUGCCUUAUACGGAGCUUAUUCCGGGCCGCUAUAUCAAGUAUCACGCGGCUCUGAUGGUGCUACAACGAAUGUAGGGCCAUUGUCUGCUGGUGGUGUUGCCAAUGCCGCUGCUCAAGAUUCAUUCUGUGCUGGCACGACCUGCCUCAUCACCAUCAUCUAUGACCAGUCUGGCCGUGGCAACCACCUUACCCAGGCUCCUCCCGGAGGUGCUGCAAGCGGACCUCUCCCUGGUGGCUUUGAUAAUUUGGCCAGCGCGUUUGCAGCACCGGUUCGGUUGAACGGCCAAAAGGCGUACGGUGUCUUCAUCGCGCCUACAACUGGAUAUCGUAACAACGCCCCUAAUGGUACGGCCACGGGAGAUGCAUCACAGGGCAUGUAUGCUAUCUUUGAUGGAACUCACUAUAAUACGGCUUGCUGCUUUGACUAUGGCAACGCUGAGACCAAUAGUCGCGACACGGGUAACGGCCACAUGGAGGCCAUCUACUUUGGCACUGGAGAUGGCUCUGGCCGCGGUACUGGCUCCGGUAGUGGUCCAUGGAUCAUGGCAGAUCUUGAGAACGGCCUGUUCUCUGGUCUUAGUGCCAUUAAUAACCCUGCAGACCCGACCAUCUCUUCUCGAUUUGUCACUGCAGUAGUCAAGGGUGAGCCAAACCAGUGGGCAAUCCGUGGAGGCGAUGCUGCGUCGGGAACUCUUUCGACAUUCUACAGCGGCGCACGCCCUUCAGGUGGCUAUAAUCCAAUGAGCAAAGAGGGUGCUAUUAUUCUCGGCAUUGGUGGAGAUAACAGCGAUGGCGCCCAAGGCACAUUCUAUGAGGGCGUCAUGACCUCUGGCUAUCCCUCAGACAGCACCGAGAAUUCGGUUCAGGCCAAUAUUGUGGCUGCCAAAUAUGUCUAUGACACUUCAUUGAUGACGAGCGGUCCUGCUCUCACCGUCGGCUCCUCUAUCUCACUGAGAGCUACAACUUCUUGCUGCACAACACGCUAUAUUGCGCAUACUGGCGCCACUGUUAACACUCAGGUUGUCUCAUCAUCUAGCAGCACUGCCCUGAAGCAACAAGCUAGCUGGACAGUCCGUACAGGUCUCGGAAAUAGUGCCUGCUUCUCUUUCGAAUCCGUUGAUACCCCUGGCAGCUUCAUCCGACACUCCAACUUUCAGCUUACGCUUAAUGCCAACGACAACAGCAAGCUCUUCCAUGAAGACGCCACGUUUUGUCCACAGGCCGGCCUCAACGGCCAGGGCAAUUCCUUGCGCUCGUGGAGCUAUCCUACCCGCUAUUGGCGUCACUUCAAUGCACUGCUUUAUAUCGCGGCUAAUGGCGGCGAGCACGAGUUUGAUUCAACUACGUUGUUCAACGACGACGUGAGCUUCGUGGUCAGCGCUGGCUUUGCUUAA